AUGGAAGCCCUCACAGGCUAUGCGCCGGUUACCGGCAGAUACAGACUGUCAACACAGUAUUGCAUGCCGAGCAAUACAACCAACGUUGGAGGGGCACCGACAUUGCAGAUCUUGACCCACGGCAUUGGAUACGAUAAACUAUAUUGGGACCUUGCAUUCAACAACUACAACUAUUCCUAUGUCGAAAACGCACUGUCCCACGGCUAUCACACACUUUCGUACGAUCGGCUGGGCAUCGGCAACUCAUCCCACGGAGAGCCGAAGAACGAGAUCCAGACCCGGCUGGAGGUUGCUGCACUGGCGCAACUGACACGCAUGGUUCGUAACGGAUCCUACCCCGGGAUGCAGAGACCGAAGCGCAUCAUCCACGUCGGACACUCGUUCGGAUCCGUCCAGACCUACGACCUGACUUCGAUGUAUCCCGACAUUUCUGAUGCCAUCGUGCUCACUGGCUUCUCUCUGAACCUGAGCUUCUUUGGAUUGUUCCUGGCAGGCGGAAACUGGCAGCAGACGUACAUCACGCAACGUCCAGUCAUGACGACCAACUACACGCCUGGAUACCUGUCCAGCGGUAACAUGAACGCCGACCAUUAUCUGUUCUGCCGUUCGCCAUGGUUCGAUUCAAACAUCCUCACAUACAACGCGAAGAUCAAACAGCCGGUGACGGUGGGCGAGCUCCUGACGAUCGGCAGCGUGCCGGAUCAGAAUACCUUCCCUGGCCCGGUGUUGAUCAUCACUGGAUCGAAUGACCUGCCAUUCUGUGGUGGCGACUGCUACAAUACGGGCGGAAUGUCGGACUCUAUCGUUGCUGAUGCCACCUCAUACUUCACUGCGCCUAAAACCAUCCAGGCGUAUGUGCAACCCGACAUGGGACACGGGAUCAACUUGCACUAUAACGCAUCUGGGGCUUAUAACUAUAUUGCGAGCUGGUUGAUGAUGAAUGGAAUGGCUGCCUGA